UCGUGGACGCCAAUGUCUACUCUCCCUCCGUCCAUAGUUAUGUCGUACUAUCAGUUACUACCAAACACGCCCCAGGCAUCGCUCUCUCUCUCUCUCUCUCUCUUCGGGGUAAGAAAUAGUCUGCCAAGCUGCAUGUUAUCUACAUCGGACGAUCGAAGGAGUGAGUGAUCUCUGCUGGUUCAGGCCGGAGAUGAUGGUAGCGUCGUUGUUACGAGAAGGAUUAGAGAGUAGAGAUCAAAGCUUACACACCCUGCUCAUUCUCUGCCAUACAAGCUUGAACUUCUUUCUCUCUCUCUUUAAAAACAAAGGACUUUUGGUGGAAUUGAGAACAAAUUAAGAGAUAGGGAGAGCUUUUAUCUUCUCAAAUUUGGAUCUCAUUCCUGAUAUUUGAUGCUUCUUCAGAAAGGCAAGAAAAAAACUCAAUACAGAAAAGGGGGAAAACAGUGAAUGGAAAAUGUGUAGUCCGACAAUUAUACUGGAGAAAAUUGUAGAGAAAAUCGUUGAGACAGUGUUCCAAUCAGUGAGACGUCAUGUCGGUUUUAUUUUAUAUUACAAGCAGAACCUGGAGAACCUGAAAGACGAGGUGAAUAACCUUCAAAAGCAGAGAAGCAGCGUCAAAAGAGAAGUUGAUGAAGCCAACUACCGCGGUGAGGCCAUAAACAAUAACGUUUCGGACUGGCUAAAGUAUGUUGACGAGACUAAACAAGGAGUUGAAAAGUUUAUGAAGGACGAAACUGUUAAGGAAAACAUGUGCGUUAAUUUCUCGUGUCCCAACUUCAUCUCGCGUUACCGCCUGAGCAAGGAAGCCGAGAAGAAGGUGGUUUGAUGUCAAACAUGUCACCGAGGAAGGAGGCAAAAUUGGCACAGUUUCACACCCUAGGAAAGCUCCUCCGGAACUUGAAUUCCCAUCCAGCAAAGAUUAUGAGGGUUUCCAUUCAAGAGAUAAAGUUUUCAAAGGCAUUGUGGAGGCAUUAAAAGACCCCAAGGUGAACAUGAUUAGGGUCUAUGGAACCAGUGGGGUUGGUAAGACGACUAUGGUCAGAAAGGUCGGCGAACAAGUCAAGAAAGAUGGAACUUUUGAUGAAGUCAUAAUGGCAGUUGUCUCUCAGAAUGUCAAUGUGAUAAAAAUUCAAGGACAACUCGCAGACCGUUUGAAUCUAACACUUAGUGGAGAAACUGAAGUGGGAAGAGCGGCUGGACUAUGGAAUAGAUUGAACAAUGGGAAGAAAAAUCUAAUACUAUUGGAUGAUGUUUGGCACGAACUGGACUUAAAGGAUAUAGGUAUUCCUAUCACAGAUGAAAACCAAAGUUGCAAAGUUGUGCUAACGUCUCGAAACCGCAACGUGUGGCAGAAUACGGAUGUUAAAGACUUUAAAAUCGAAAUUUUAUCUGAAGAAGAAUCAUGGGCCCUUUUCAAGAAGAAGGUGGGAAAUUAUGUCGAGGCUCAUGAACUCCGUGAAAAGGCAUGGGCAAUUUGUAAAGAGUGUCAAGGCUUGCCGGGUGUUAUUAUUGCGCAUGGAGCAUCACUGAAGGGUAAGGAUAUGGAUAUGGAUGCCUGGCAAGAUGAACUUAACAAACUAAAAAAUUCCAUGCCAAACAAAAUUGAGGGAAUCAGCUCGAAAGUGUUCGCAUCCUUAAAGUGGAGCUAUGAUCUGUCAGAUUCCGAGUAUGCCAAGUCAUACAUUAAUUGCGAUCUCGACAAAAAGUCGAGUUACAUAAAUGCUGCAUUUCGUUCGUCCCGUACAAAUCAAGCCUACCUAUUCAUGAAGAAUGAGUAUUUGUUGUUAGACUACGCUCCAGGCACGAACAACGACAAGGUGUUGAAUGGACCGCUACGUAUCUUCGAAAGGUAUCCAUCCCUCAAGAACACAACCUUUGCAGAACCUGGAAUAGAUUGCGCUUUUGGAUCUCAUCAUGGGGAUGAAGCGUUCAUCUUCUCUGGAAAUCUUUGUGCACGGAUGAACUAUGCACCAGGCACCACAAAUGACAAGAUCAUCCAAGGCCCAAUGACCAUCAUUGAGAUGUUCCCUUUCUUUAAAGGGACGGUGUUCGAAAGCAGUGUAGACUCUGCGUUUGAAUCGACGGUAAGUGAUGAAGCUUACCUUUUCAAAGGCAACCAGUAUGCUCUUAUAAACUACAAUGAUCCCCGUCUCAUCGCCAUCCAUCACAUCACUGAAGGCUUUGCUAGUUUGAAAGAUACCAUCUUUGAAAGCGGAAUUGAGGCAGCAUUUGCUUCCCACCGUACUAACGAGGCAUACCUAUUCAAAGGAGAUUCCUAUACAUGCAUCAACUUUGCUCCCCAUACCACGAACGACUACAUUAUUGGUGGCGUGAAGAAAAUCCUUCCCUAUUGGCCCUUUUUACAUGGCAUCUUGCCUCGGAAGAACUAGGAUCUUGAUGUUCAUGAAAAGAAUUUAUUAAUCUUUAAUGGAAGACUACAAAAAUUAAAGAGAUUAUAGAUGAGAAGAAAUUAUUAGUGUUUACUAUUGAGUACUGUUGUUGUAAAUUAUUAGUGAGUACUGUUGUUGUAAUGCUAGUACGUAUAGGUUUGUUCAAUAGUAAUAGACUAGGCUAAAAGUCUAUGUUGUAAUAGUUUUGUCAGACCAUUGGUGUAGUUAUGUUUGGCACCAAUUAUAUAUAGUACUAUUCC